CCCUCUCUCUCUUACCUUCUUCUCCAUUGUUCACCUCACCCUCCGAUGCCCAUCCAACGACCACACCCACUUUAAUACCAGAUCCACAUUGCUUCAUCCCUUUCCCUCUCUCAUCCGCAUCGCCGGUAACAGAAAGAGCAUAGCAGCAGCAGACAUUAGGUAAGAGAGAGAGAGAGAGCGAGAGAGGGGAUGGUGGAAACCCACAUGCAGACCGGCACGACGAGGCGCGGCAGCAACCCCCGCCUCGAGUCUGCCGAUCUCGUCGGCAUCGACAUCCCGCCGACCCCGCCGAGCGACGCCCGCCCCGGCGCUAAGCAGGCCACCUCCUUCCUCUCGCUCAUCGUCCCCUUCCUCCUCGCGUCCUCCUCCCAUGCCCCCUCUUCCGGCGCUGCCGCUCCCGGCUCCUCUUCCUCCACCGUCGCCACCGCCUUCGUCAUCGGAUCUUGGUACUUUUCCAACAUCGGGGUGCUCCUGCUGAACAAGUACCUGCUCAGCAUCUACGGCUAUCGCUACCCCGUCUUCCUCACGGCGCUCCACAUGGCCUCCUGCUCCGCCUACAGCGCCGUUGCCCUGCGGUGGCUCUGCUUGGUUCCCUUCCAGCCCGUCUCCUCCCGCCGGCAGCUGUUCAAGAUCGCCGCCCUCGGCGCCAUCUUCUGUUUCUCCGUCGUCUGCGGCAACGCCUCCCUCCGGUUCCUGCCCGUCUCGUUCAAUCAGGCCGUCGGCGCGACCACCCCCUUCUUCACGGCCAUCUUCGCCCUCGCGAUCACCUGCCGCCGCGAGCCCUCCGCCGUCUACGUCGCGCUGCUCCCCGUCGUCCUCGGCAUCGUCCUCGCCAGCAACAGCGAGCCCCUCUUCCACCCCCUGGGCUUCCUCCUCUGCCUCGGCUCCACCUCCGGUCGCGCUCUCAAGUCCGUCGUCCAGGGCAUCCUCCUCACCUCCGACUCCGAGAAGCUCAACUCCAUGAACCUGCUCAUGCACAUGGCCCCCAUCGCCGCCGCCAUCCUGCUGCCCCUCUCCCUCUGGACCGAGCCCGGCGUCGUCCCCGCCACCGCCGCCAAGAUCCGCGACGACCCCUACCUCGCCCUCCUCCUCUUCGCCAACGCCACCAUCGCCUACCUCGUCAACCUCACCAACUUCCUCGUCACCAAGCACACCAGCGCCCUCACCCUGCAGGUGCUCGGCAAUGCCAAGGCCGCCGUCGCCGCCCUCGUCUCCGUUCUAAUCUUCCGUAAUCCCGUGACGGUCAUGGGUGUCACCGGCUUCGGCAUCACCAUCAUCGGCGUCGUGCUGUACAGCGAAGCCACGAAGAGGUCUAAGUCAUCGUCUUCUUCUUCGUAGCCUCAGUUAGGCAUUACUUCCCAUUACCACGCCGCCUACUACAUUCACCACCAUGAUUUCUCCUUCCACAAACUACAUUUUGUCAGUUAAAUUUGUUACGAGCACUGUUUAGAUCAAUAUCGUCCAUUGUUGGUGGAGAGGAGAAACCGUACCCUCUCCUGACUGCUGCCGCAACUGUUCUUAGCUUUGGUUUCCCUUAAAGCCGAAGGGAUAAGGAUGGUGAAUCUACUCUUCCACAAAACUCUUUUCUUUGAUGUGAAGAUUGGAAUUCUUUUUCUCUUGCGGAUAAUAAUUGGUUCCUUUUGGUGGGUCAGUAUUCACAGCUAAGUGGAUUGCAGAAUAUAUGCUCUAAUAUCCCCCUCAUUUCGCUGCUUUAACUUUGGUCAUUCACAUGUAUCUUAUCAAACCUUCUUUUCCGUGCGCCAUGAUUGCUGUCCAAGGGAAGCAGGUCCUGCGUAUAUAUCGAAGAAACUGGUGUUGGAAAAGGACAUGAUCUUUCUUCUGUCUCUGUAACGGGCGGUGAAUCGUUCCUGUUGCUUUCUUUUUACGUUGGUAUUGUUGCUUUUGUUUUCAUCUUAUUCGGUGGGACAUGUAGAAAUAACUCGAACCGAUCGGGCUGAUAAAUCUGGAUCGAUCGCAACAUUUAUUGAUCCGAAUUCGACUCAGUAAUCCGUUGGAUCGAGUUAGACAGGUCUCAUGUGGGACAAAUCGGGUUGGAGCGACGAAUGGCACGUGUGACGCGCGUAAUUGAGCACGGCUGAGCCACACCGUUUGGUUGUUCGUCAAGUUGUUACUGGGCCGUUGCUUCACGAACCGACUUGAGUCGAUAAUACGCUCACGUGGCACCGACGAGGUGAGGGGAUCGUGUCGGUGCACUCACGGGCGCGCGCCACAGUACGCGUUCGUUGUCGAAGAAUUUUUCUUCCUCGACUAUUCCCGGUUCCUCCGUGGCUCCUCCUGUCACCAUCACCUACGGAAGACAGAGGGCGCACCGCGAGGCAAGGGCGGAAGGAACCCCGCGUCUGCGAUAACCAAUGAAUUGCGAAAGAUAUUUCCAAAAUCUACGCCAAGCUUAUAUUCCAUGUUAGGAGAAGUGACGUCUAACAUCCAUGUAGCAGGAUUUUGACCAUCUCUUAUCUUUGCAGCUCGAGCAUCUAAACCUGUUGUGGGUUCAUCCAUGAAUAUGAUAGAAGGGCUAGAAACUAACUCUACUGCAAUUGUCAAUCGUUUCCGCUCUUCUGCUGCAAGUCCACUUACUCCUGAUGGCUUUUGCAACUGUUCUUGAAGAAGCCGGCCAAACUGGGAAGAUUCAAAAGAAUCUGAAAACUUUUGCACAGAUAGAUACUGAUAUUCCCCUUCGCAUCUCAUCACCUAUUAUUAUGUCUGCACACUCAUGCAAGCCAAGUAUCUGAAAAGAUAGGUCAUUUAAAUGUAAGAAGAUACUGAACGAGAUUUUUAUUCCAUGGACAGCAAACUAAUUUGUCAACAAAGCCACACAAAAAGAAACAAAAGAAGAGAUAUGCAAAAGAUACAUGAGCAAGCAAGGAGAUGGUGGAUCCUCCAGCCUCACCACCAGGGAAAAGGAAUGCUGACAUCGAGGGAGAUGGGAAACUAGUAUGGAGGUUAUUUGCAAGCUUGUGAAGACUGAUCCACUACAUCUGUUCUUGACACAGCUUAUCUUACUUGGCUUGAGAUCCACAUAAGCACUAAUUCUAUUGAGUUCAGGGACAUUUCGGCCAUGGACAUUUAGGGCAUGCCACAGUAAGCCGAGCGAAUCUAGGUGAUGAAGUUGCAGCUUUUUCCACCAUCAGAUGAUAAAGACUGACGGUGGAGGUUAUAUUGAGUGGAUAAACAAUUUGCUACCAGCUUCAUGAGCAUAGAAAUCCGACGAAGCUUCAGGCAUACAUUUCUCCUAUAUUCUACCUUAUACUCCCUGUUUAGCUGCUGAAUGGUUUAGUCCAUGGCACCUAAAUCAGGCAAGUUCUAGCUGAAACAGUGUUUACUCAACAUUAUAGCAAGUAUAAACAAAAAAAGGUGCAGGCGUUGCGGGAUCAAAGGAAGAAAAGAUACUAAGAGAAGGCAUCAUCUUCUCAAGGACUCAAACCCAACUGGUGAUCAAGGUCAAGAACACGUGUUCGUCUUACUAGAGCAUGGUGGCAAGUCUACCUGAGCAGUGUUGAUGACGGCAUUGGGGAGGGUGGGAAGAACCCUCUUCCGAACUGUCGCCUCCGUCUCCACCGACAGUUCCUCGAACCUGACUUCGACCUUGGGAGCCUCAACGCCCAACCUGCAAUCACCAAGCAACAUCUUACAGAUACACUGCAACACAGUAAUGGGGACCUUCGACAUGGCGGAAGAUUAUGGGUUUGACCUGCACCUGCAGAGGGCCUGUUGCUCGUCAUCACAACGUCGUUGCAUGAGAAGUCUGGCACCAGUCACAGUCAGUCCCACGUCAGAAACUGGGUGGAAGCUGCGAGCUCGACGUCCGCCGUAGAAGUCCAUGCAGCAUUUAUUUCUUUUAUCCGUGGCGGUCAGAACUUAUCUAACACCGAAGACAUUCUCCCAUUAAUUAUGCCAUUUCGUGCACGAAAAUAA